AUGCUUCACACGGCCAUAUCAUGUUGGCAGCCAUUCCUGGGUCUGGCUGUGGUGUUCGUCUUCAUGGGUUCCACCAUUGGCUGUCCCGCUCGCUGUGAAUGCUCUGCCCAGAACAAAUCCGUUAGCUGCCACAGAAGGCGGCUCAUCGCCAUCCCCGAGGGCAUUCCCAUCGAGACCAAAAUCUUGGACCUCAGCAAGAACAGGCUGAAGAGUGUCAACCCUGAGGAGUUCACAUCCUAUCCUCUGCUGGAGGAGAUAGAUUUGAGUGACAACAUCAUCGCCAAUGUGGAGCCAGGAGCUUUUAACAAUCUCUUUAACCUUCGUUCCCUCCGCCUCAAAGGUAACCGCCUGAAACUGGUCCCCUUAGGGGUCUUCACGGGGCUAUCCAACCUCACCAAGCUGGACAUUAGUGAGAAUAAGAUUGUCAUUUUACUGGACUACAUGUUCCAGGACCUGCACAACCUGAAGUCUCUAGAGGUGGGGGACAAUGAUUUGGUUUAUAUAUCACACAGGGCCUUCAGUGGGCUCCUGAGCUUGGAGCAGCUCACCCUGGAGAAAUGCAACCUCACAGCUGUACCAACAGAAGCCCUUUCCCACCUCCACAGCCUCAUUAGCCUGCAUCUGAAGCAUCUCAAUAUCAACACUAUGCCCGUGUAUGCCUUUAAAAGACUGUUCCACCUGAAACAUCUAGAGAUUGACUAUUGGCCUUUACUGGAUAUGAUGCCUGCCAAUAGCCUCUAUGGUCUCAACCUCACGUCCCUCUCGAUCACCAAUACCAACCUGUCCACGGUCCCCUUCCUUGCCUUUAAACACCUGGUAUAUCUGACCCACCUUAACCUCUCCUAUAAUCCCAUCAGCACGAUCGAAGCUGGCAUGUUCUCGGAACUGAUCCGCCUUCAGGAGCUUCAUAUAGUGGGGGCCCAGCUCCGCACCAUUGAGCCUCACUCCUUCCAAGGGCUCCGCUUCCUUCGUGUGCUCAAUGUGUCUCAGAACCUACUGGAAACUCUGGAAGAGAAUGUCUUCUCCUCCCCUAGGGCUUUGGAGGUCCUGAGCAUCAAUAACAAUCCACUAGCCUGUGACUGCCGUCUCCUCUGGAUCCUGCAGCGGCACCCCACACUGCAGUUCGGGGGCCAGCAGCCCAUGUGUGCUGGCCCCGACACCAUCCGUGAGAGAUCAUUCAAGGAUUUCCACAGCACUGCCCUUUCUUUUUACUUUACCUGCAAAAAACCGAAAAUCCGUGAAAAGAAGCUGCAGCAUCUGCUAGUGGAUGAAGGGCAGACGGUCCAGCUCGAAUGCAGCGCUGACGGAGACCCUCAGCCUGUCAUUUCCUGGGUGACACCGCGCAGGCGUUUUAUCACCACCAAGUCCAAUGGAAGAGCCACCGUGUUGGGCGAUGGCACCCUGGAAAUCCGCUUUGCCCAGGAUCAAGACAGCGGGAUGUAUGUCUGCAUCGCUAGCAAUGCAGCGGGGAACGACACCUUCACGGCCUCUUUAACUGUGAAAGGCUUCACCUCAGACCGCUUCCUUUAUGCCAACAGGACCCCUAUGUACAUGACGGACGCCAACGACACCAUGUCCAAUGGCACCAAUGCCAAUACGUUUUCCCUGGACCUUAAAACAAUACUGGUGUCUACAGCCAUGGGCUGUUUCACAUUCCUGGGAGUGGUUUUAUUUUGUUUUCUCCUCCUCUUUGUGUGGAGCCGAGGGAAAGGCAAGCACAAAAACAGCAUUGACCUCGAGUAUGUGCCCCGAAAAAACAAUGGUGCUGUUGUGGAAGGGGAGGUGGCUGGACCCAGGAGGUUCAACAUGAAAAUGAUCUGA